AUGAAUCAAAAAGUUUGGAUUAGCAUACCAUAAAGUAUAAUUUCAACACAUAAUCCUGAAUUUAUGCAGUGUAUUCUUAGUAAAGUGAAUGGCAAAAAAAGAGUAUUAUAUUGUUAUAAUAAAUAUAUACUAUAUGGAAAGGUUUUAAAAAAUUUUAAUAAUAGGUUGGAGAAAUAGCUAAAAAAUACUUAAAACUCGAAUUUAAUAUAAAAUUUGAAAUACUUUACUAGUAAAUUAUUAGAAAUGGAGAAGAAGAAGAUUGUUUUGGCUAAAUUAUUGGUAUAUAAUUUCAUUUUGAUUAUGGAAUUGGAAUGAUUAGUUCAAAAUUAGGAGGAAGUGAAAAUUAAAUAAAAGAGUUAAGAAAUUUUUUGAGAUCAAGAAUAAAUUAAUUCAAAUUUCAUAAAUAUUUCAGAGUAUUUAAAAAAAUAGGAAAAGGAAAUUUUGCAACAGUAUUAACGAUUAAUUAAUAAAGGUUUAUUUUACAGAGAGAAUUGAAGAUGGAUAAUAAUUUGCAGUAAAAGCAUUUUCAAAGUAAGUGGCUUAUAAUGAAGAGAAUGGAAAGGAUUCAAUAAUAAAUGAAAUUUAAAUAAUGAGGGAAUUAAACAAUAAACAUUUAAUGAAAUUGUAUGAGGUUUAUGAAACAGAAAAUUCUCUUUAUAUGGUAUUGGAAUUGCUAUCUGGAGGUUCAUUAUAUGAUCUGAUAAAGGAUAAAAAAGGAUUAAAAUUAAAAGAAGUUUAAUAAUUAUUAGCAGGAAUAAUGUUAGGAUUAGAAGAAAUGCAUUCUAAGGAUAUUAUGCAUAGAGAUUUAAAAUUAGAAAAUAUUUUAUUCAAAAAAAAGAAGUAAUAUUGAUAAUUUAUAAAAGUUAAUUAUAAUCAGUAGUGAUAGCUGAUUUUGGAUUGGCAACUCAUGUUAAUUAAAAUUAAUAUUUAUAUUAUAGAUGUGGAACACCAGGUUAUGUGGCUCCAGAAGUCAUUAAUUAUAAAGAUAAUAAUGAAAAAUAUUCAUCAAUUUGUGAUAUAUAUAGUUUGGGUCUAAUAUUUUAUAUUUUAUUAUCAGGUAGGCCAGCUUUCUUGGGUAAGACAUAUAAAAUGAUUGUAAAAUAAAAUAGAUAAGCUAUGAUAGAUUUUUCAAUAAAAUAAUUUAAGAGUUUACCAGAAGAUGUAAUGGAUUUAUUGAAAAAGAUGUUAGAAAAGGAUCCUAAAAUAAGAUCAGAUAUUAAAAUAUGUUUAAAUCAUUCUUUUAUAGGCAAUGUUGCUAAAUAGAUUUAAAAUACAGAAUUUAAUGAAGAUAGUGAUAAUGAUGAUAUAGGAUAAAUAGAUGAAGAUAAUGAUGUAGGGAAAAGGAUUAAUCAAAUAAAUUAAUAGUAUGAUCUAUUCCUAUUAUAGAUAUUUUGUCUUUGAAGCAAGUAAAAAUUUGAAUUCUCCAAAUUCAUCAUCAGAUGAUUCACCAGGCCUGAUUUUAAAGAAAGCAACAAAAAAAUAAAAGGAGAUUGAUUCAUGUAUGUAUCUCUCUGGUUAAUCUCCUUUAUUUAAAGGACAAAUUGAUACAAUAGGAAGUAUUCAUUCACUUGAUAUUUAAUCGCCAUAAUUGAAUUAAUAAUUAUCACCUGUUAUUAAAUAGUCGAAAUUCGCUUAAAAUAAAUAGAAAGGAAAUUAGGGUAUACUAAAAUAUGUUACAAAAAAUUGA